GCAAAGGCCGCGCGGACGUUUCCAUUGUGUCCAAUUGGCGAGCGGCAAAUUCUUUUAUUAUUUAUUUAGCUUUUGGAGAGCGCGCGCGAAAACAAUAAUCCAUGAAUCGGCGCGCGAUCGUCGUCCAAAAGCAACCAAAACCAUACCAAAAGCCGACUGAACGCCACAUAUUCGUCUCGUAAUUGCCGAGAGCGACCCGCGGUUUCUUGUCGCUACAUCUCACUAAGAAAAACACAAAUAAAUAAAAGAAAAGGAAUCUGUAUACACGAAGAAAAAGAGAACAACAAUUAUAACAACAUUUCCAUCUGCUUUCCUCAACUUCUGGGAUUACCAAAUGCGCCAAAGUACGUGACCUUCCGCAGUAGUGCACCAGGACCUCACUCAACGCAACCUUCCGAGAUGACAGAAUCAGGAAUCGACUUGGGUUUUGACCUGUCGGCCUUCAUGACCGACGACGCGGAUCUCCAGAACCUGCUAGAUUUUGAUGAUCUUCUGGGGACACCGAAAAACCAGGAGUUCUAUGAGCUAAAGUCCAAAACCAUGCCGGUCACCGAGAGCCCACCGAAUUUGAAAACUGUCAAUCCAUUAUCAAGGACUCAAUUGAAACUGCAACUUAUGAGGGAACAGGCUAUGCAGGAGCAAGAACGUAAGCAGAAUCAGGAGCGGAUGGAGAAGAGUCAGCAACAAGAGCAGAUGAGUUCUAUGAGAGUGCCGCUGCAUAACAUCGCCGUGGAAGUCCCUCCGCAGGUGUUGCAAGUGCAAACCAAACUGGAGAACCCGACCAGAUACCAUGUGAUACAGAAGCAACGAAGCCAGGUCCGCCAGUAUUUAAGCGAAUCAUUCCAGCAGCAGAGCAACUCCUUGCUACCACCUGGAGGAGGCUCGCUGGCAGCGGACUUCACACCUAUAGGAAGCUUCAAUUUCAAUACCUCAUCAAGUCCAAGCGAGGUUCAUGCCAUGUCUCCAGCACUUAGUUCAGCCGCUACAAGUACAUCAGGGGCCGAAGAUCUUAUCGACGACUUAUUGUCUCUGGAAUCGAGCUCUUUAGCUUCGGAUAGUUUGAAGACCUCGGACAACUCUCUGACCAGUGCUGAGAUUAGUAUUAAAAAUGAACCAUUUGCAUUCACCGAGGCUGAACUGCACGCCCUCGCCAAAGAUCGCCAAAAGAAAGACAACCACAAUAUGAUCGAACGUCGACGUAGAUUCAAUAUAAAUGACAGAAUUAAGGAGUUAGGAACGCUGCUACCGAAGAACAACGACCCAUAUUUCGAAAUAGUGAGAGACGUGAGACCCAAUAAAGGUACGAUUCUCAAAUCAUCAGUGGAAUACAUCAAGUGCCUGAAAAACGAAGUACAAAGACUUAAGCAGAACGAAAUCAGGCAGAAGCAAACCGAACACAUCAACAGGCGAUUACAACUUCGAAUACAGGAAUUGGAACGACAAGCCAAAUCUCAUGGUUUGCCUGUGUCAGACUUCAGUUGGCAGCAGAGCUCAGCUAGUAGUUCACUGUACAAUACGUAUUCGAAAAGUCAAAAUCAACAACCCACUGCCUCGGUGAUGCCAUCACUGCUACUUCCGGACCCAGAUCCGAUCAGACGAAUGAAAUUUCAGAUGCCUGAUGUCAUCACGGACGCCACGCUGAGUUUAUCAGCUAUGGAAGAGCUCAUGGAUGACGAUGAGCCUGUGAAUGGUGAUCCUAUGUUGUCCUCCCCACAUGCCCUCCACACCGAUCACUUGUUGGCUUCACCAUCCCAUCAAGUUAACGUAGAUUCUUUACUUUGCGAACCGAGACUACCCACCCCGACCAGCCAUAUCGAUCCAGUGGAUGGAGACACCCUCGACAUAGAUAUGAUUGCAUGAUAUGCGAUUAUCCAAUUGUUUCGUUCUAAAACAAUUGUUUCUAUAGCAAUAUACCACCUUUCGUCCGCUUCAUGUGGUUUUAACAAAAAUAAUUUAAGCAAUAAUCAGUACUAAAGUUACAUAUAUUGUUCUUAUAUAAUAAUAAUAAUAAUAUCUCCUCCCAAAAGAAAAACAUCUGGCGGCAUUCCCCAGCUCUGGUCUUAGACGAUUUUAGAAUGUUAGUCAUAUUACGUUUCCUUUCUUUCAUUUUAUUAUUACGUUAUUAUUAUAUUUUUUUUUAAAGAGUAUUAGUGAAAAGCAAAAUGUUAUUUUUUUCAGGCGAUGUUGUAACAGCAUUUAGGUCUAUUUUGUUAUUCUGUAAACAAUGCUACCCUUUCGCUCCCUUUACCUUUGUUUUGAACCUCAAAUAGCUAGAAAGGGACUAUGAAUUUAUCCGAUCGCCCGGUGUGGCGGGCAUGUCCAAAGUUACAAAGUUUUAUUUUAAUUGUUAUAAAUUUAGUCAUAGCUUACUACAAAACAAGUUUAAUACCAUUUAAUUGAUAAUGUUUAGUACAAGUAGCUCAAAUCGGUGAGUGCUGAUUAACGUCCCAAAUUGGGGCCCAACUGUGUUAC